AUGGCGGCAGUUUCAGAGACCACGCCUCCGCUCUCGCAGGCCUUUGGUUAUGGGAUCAUCGUUGGAUUGGGGUUCGCCUUCGCGUUCGGUAUGAUCUUGACGACGUUCGUGCUCAAGAGAUACAACUAUGAGGUACAGACCAGUGAGAUGUUCAGCACUGCUGGGAGAACCGUCAAAUCCGGCCUGGUAGCAUCAGCCGUUGUUUCCAGUUGGACAUGGGCUGCGACACUUCUACAGUCUUCUGGAGUAGCGUAUUCCUAUGGCGUCUCCGGCCCUUUCUGGUAUGCCUCUGGCGCAACAGUGCAGAUCAUCCUAUUCGCCACACUGGCUAUCGAGUUGAAGCGCAGGGCGCCCAACGCUCACACCUUCCUGGAAGUCAUUCGAGCACGGUACGGGGCCGCCACCCAUGUAGUCUUCAUGGUUUUUGGCCUCAUGACCAACAUCCUGGUUACGGCUAUGUUGUUAACCGGAGGCAGCGCCGUUGUCACAUCGCUUACGGGCGUUCACACGGCAGCCGCUUGUUUUUUGCUUCCCGUUGGCGUGGUGUUGUAUACCAUGUUUGGUGGGAUCAAGGCCACUUUCCUGACCGACUACGCUCAUACCGUAGUCAUCUUGGUCAUCAUCUUCACCUUCGCUUUCACGGCUUACGCGACUAACGAUGUUCUCGGGAGCCCCGGUCGCGUUUACGAUUUACUGGUCGAGGCCUCUAGCAGGCAUCCAGUCGAAGGAAAUGCAGGAGGUAGCUACCUCACCAUGCAGUCCAAGGAGGGUGCCAUCUUCUUCGUCAUCAAUAUUGUGGGUAACUUCGGAACUGUGUUCUGCGACAACGGUUAUUACAACAAAGCCAUUGCAGCCAGCCCGGUGCACGCGCUUCCAGGCUACAUCAUGGGUGGGCUCAGCUGGUUCGCGAUCCCUUGGUUAGCUGCCACAACCAUGGGCUUGGCCGCUCUUGCGCUCGAGAGCAACCCGGUCUUUCCAACCUAUCCGAAUAGAAUGUCCCCAGCGGACGUCUCGGCCGGGCUUGUUUUGCCUGAGGCUGCGGUUGCCAUGCUUGGCAGUGGUGGUGCUGCUGCGACACUGCUGCUCAUCUUCAUGGCUGUCACCUCAGCCAUGUCUGCGGAGCUCAUCGCCGUCUCGUCGAUCUUCACUUACGACUUCUACCAAACGUACAUCAAUCCACAGGCGAGCGGCAGGCAACUUAUCUAUAUGAGUCAUAGCUGCGUCGUUGGCUUCGCUGUUGUGAUGGCAGGCUUUUCUACCGCCUUGUACUACAUUGGAAUAUCUAUGGGCUACCUCUACCUCCUCAUGGGCGUCAUAAUCUCCGCAGCCGUGCUUCCCGCCAGCCUGACCCUCCUAUGGAGUAAACAGAGCUGGGCAGCUGCCACUUUCUCUCCCAUUCUAGGCUUCGUCUGCGCUCUCGUUGCGUGGCUCGUCACAGCGAAGACCCAAGGUGGGGAGCUCUCGGUUGCUACGACAGGUGCAAAUAACCCCAUGCUUGCUGGCAACGUAGUGGCAUUGCUGUCUCCGAUGAUUUUCGUGCCUAUCCUAACCUUCGCCGUGGGCAAGCAAAACUACGACUGGAUGUCCAUGAAGGCCAUCCGCAAAGGCGAUGACCACGACCUUGCUGCUGCCGCCAAUGUUGAUCUAGAACUAGUCCCUGGCGAAUCCCAUGACGAGGCUCUGGAACUAGAAGAGCAGCAUAAGCUGAAGAGGUCAUCCCGUAUCGCACGAAUCCUCACCGCGGUCAUGACGCUGGCGCUUCUCGUUCUCUGGCCGAUGCCUAUGUACGGCUCUGGCUAUAUAUUCAGCAAGCCUUUCUUCACCGGUUGGGUUGUUGUCGGUAUCCUAUGGUUGUUCUGCUCAAGCUUCUGCGUCGGCCUGUACCCACUUUGGGAAGGCAGGCACACCAUGGCACGCACCUUCCGCGCAGUCUAUUUGGAUGUCACGGGGAAGAAGAAGCCGAAUGUUGUCCACGGAAGAGCACAGAUGAUGGAGGAUAGCGGCACCGCAACGCCGACGGAGAAGGGCGCCGCAGAGGCGGGCGGCAAGCAACAGCUUUAG